AUGCUCUUCAGUGUGUUCGAGUUGCAAACUAUCAGAAGGAAACCAAACUCGGAACAGAACGCGGUCUUGAGCAGACUUCGUGCGGGAGAGUUCCGUCAGCAGGACCUCGGAUUCCUGCGCAGGAUGUGCGAAUUCGAUCACACCACGAAUGAGUCAGUCUUUGCACAAAAAGAGAUGCUGGAGGCCGCACAUCCAGGGAAGUCGUUCCUGGUUCUGGCAGGAACAAACAAGAUGGUGGAAAGGCUGAACUAAGACAUAGGUUUAUCUAUAACGACUUUAUUUGAUGAACACUUUUUUUUUCAGAAGUUCAGGACGUACAUACACACAGCAGGUGCGUGUUCUCCAAGAAGCCGGGAAUGCCUGGCUUCGGAAGCCAGUCGGUUUUUUUCUUGUCUUAAUUCGAAGAUUGUGCAUGUUCGCGGCGACUACACAAAAAAACAAAAUACACAACUUUAGAAUAAAGUUUUAGUUUUUUAGUUCGAAAAUGCCGUUAUUUCAGUCCAUGUGUUUUCCAAUACAGUGCGAUGCAAAAGACAUUGACGGCCCAGAAACUACCACAAGAGACUUUUCGAUGUGACCAUGGGCGCUCUAUCCAACGGUGUAAGUAGUCAUACACAAAACAUUUAUCAGGUGGCCUCCUUUAAGCAAAGCAUGUCCUUCUCAAGAGUCCGACUUAGUUGGACAUCAACUCUGUGCAUUUUAUGUCUGCGCCCUCAAUAUUGCUUGCACCACUACCACAUUUUCUCAUUUCCGUUUCCUUUCCCCAAUAUCCCUUCUGUUUUUUGUUCAGUUGAUAGUCACUUCUCCCCAAUCACAAUUGCGAUGGUUGUCCGGCUAUUGUGGGGCGUUGACAAAUUAAUGAAUAACUCAUGGUUAUUAUAGCAGAACAUCGGAAGGUGGCUCCUCCGUAUGUGCCCCCCGGCUGCCCACGCCAAUUUAGUCGGGACCGACCCCGCCCCUCUUUCUCUUCGGCGCUCUCCUCCCAUCUUGGUGGUCGUCAGGGCUCAUCUAUUCUUUAGCAUUCAAUGCCUUUUCAGAAAACAUUUUUGAAACAUUCAUCAGCAUCCUCAUUUGUAACUUUUUCUUCCUCUUUGACUCUUGCAAACGGAAACUCAAAUUCACAUUUUCAUUUUCAUAUUGGCAUUUCCGCUUAAACCGCUUUCAUCAGAUAAGGCUUUCUAUUAGCAUUGUGGCUUUGCUUUCUAAUACCUAAUACGUAAAAGUAAUCGAAUUCGCACUUUACUUUUCUCAGAAUUAUCGCUAUUCUCCAUCACAAUUUCAUUUAUUGUCGUUCUCCUUCGCCAGGCCGUUGUCCUCUGAAGCCAUUGCACUAAUCUCCUUCAUCGUUGCGAUUCUAACCUUUUGAGUUGGCUCAUUGAGCCGGCAAGCGUUCCCGGGACUUUUCAAAUUUGUUCUCACGGCGAAUGCGGUAGUUUGACUCGGUUUCGAAACCAUUUUCACAUGCUUUCAAUUAUGUAUUGUGUUUUUGCGGUUUUUCCGCCGGUUCACUGGAGUGGUUCUUCAAAUGUUUCAUUUCGUGCAUCCAGACGCGAAAACAUCUCUUUUUCGGCUGACAUGACGUUUUCAAGAAGAAGGUCAAGUUUAAGAUGAUUUGAGGAGUCUCUUCUUCUGUCGCAAAGUAUUAUAACCCUAUCCGUUCGUCUGCCAAUUAUCGACACCCUUCCGUCCUUAGCUAAGCAGUCGUCGCACACCCAUUCCAAAUACAAUUAUAACGGUCCCGUAAGAAAUGGGCUUCUAAGACGACGGAUACUGCUCUCAUAUAAGACAUCUGCGCGCAUUACGCAGCUCCUCUACACACCUCUCUGUAAUCAUUGCACAAUAGCCAUCUCGAUUCGAAAAUGUUUGAGAGAUUGACAAUAUCCAUUCAUGUUUCCUUCUGAUACUUUUCGACGACUUUUGCUUGUAAUUGAUACGUGUUUUCCGUUCAAAGCGUUCCCUACGUAAUCCGAUAUGUCCAGUGACUGAGACGUGCAAGGGACCCCGCGUCUUCGUGUGGUUACCAAGUGCAGAUUAGUGCUGCCGGCACCUUGGCCAACCAAUUUCUAACUUUUCCCUCCUCACCGCUUGUGACAAAUUGGUUAUGUUUCACUUUUAACAUUUCCGUUUUUCAGAUUCUCUGGCUGCAAUGAAGAAACACUAAAAUACAGAUGCUUGCCGUUUCCACAUUCUUGCCCUUAUUCCUAUUACUUCACACAUUUCAAGCUCUUCCUCUCAUUCCGUCCGUUUUAAAUCCAGCAACUCCUCAUGCGAACUCACAAGCAUAUGUGGAGACGUCAAACGUGACAAGUCAAUUCACGAUUUACGCAUCGAACAUCUCGAGUUGUCGUUUCAAAACAGCUGUGAUACCUUGCGAGUGUUUCCUUCAAGUUUCCAAUGACUAUCGAUUGGAAGAGAGUGGAAACUUAGUGAGACAUAGUUUUCGCUUCUUUUUAUAAACUGCGAGUUUGCAGCUUUCAACGUUCUCCGUCGGUCCUCCAGACAUCAAAAUCUUUACUCCAAGCACACAUGAAAUGCUAAAUGAGUUGUCUGUUCACAUUAAGCCCAAAUUGUGUCGAGAAGACCUCUCGGACAUUCAACUGGAGUACCGUUCGUUCCAGGUGAGCGGAGACGUCAUCCAUUAUUACCGAUGUUCGUAUCCAUUGCAGGUGUUUCCCGGCGAAGAAGAGUCCAGUUGGAAGGCUGUGAGCGCGGUCGCAAAAACGUUAAAGGACACCAAGACGAGCCUCAUUUUCGGUUGCAAGCACUUCGUCGACCCCGGCUAUUAUCGCGUGUCAAUUCGACUUUCUCUCGUCAAUUAUACGGUUCAGGUGGGCAAAGUGACAGGGAUUUUUCACGCGACACUUGAUUGAUGAGAUGAUUCCGAGGCAUCCAUUUGUUUCUUUCAAUCUUUUGUUGUUGUCGUCAAAAUUAGAAUUUUUGAUGCGGCGAGCCACCGGCAGAUCAUUUUGUAUUCUUUUGUUGUGACUACGCGCGUGUAGGCUUUGGGAAAACAAGACGAAAAUCUAGAAGGCUCUUGAUUAUAUGGUACUUCCGCACAGCUUCGACACAUGUCUACCGCGCCUCAGCUCAUUUCCUCUCUUCGCAUUUUUCUACCCCCAAUAAAUAAAGGAGCGAGGAAGGGGGAGGGAGACGUGUGGACAAGGGCCCGAAAAAGGAAAAGAAGGGAGAGAGCGCACGCAGAUGGACGGGGAGCCAGCGGCGCCUGAAUUUUCAUCACCUUUAAUGGGGGCCGCAUUGAUAGGACGGACCCAUGUCCCCAGAGACAUGGAGAGUUCGAGAAGCGUGCUUACCAGUGCCACUUUUUGCGGAAAAAUGCGGCAAAGAGCAAGCUAGGUUUUUGCUUAAUGAAAAAAGUUUGAGGUAGGGGUGUAGAUGCCAUUUCCAAGAUUGAAGAAAGAUAUGUAAGCAAGGAGUUCACAGAGCACUUGGACCCCAAUGCUCGCUGAGUCAAUUAAAAGAAAUGAGCAAUAAUAAAUAUCUCGUUUUAUGGGGUCCCGCUCGUCAUCCACAUCAUCUGCCCAAAUGGGAACAAGUAUUACUUUCAGGCUGACAAAUGGAUUGUCGUAAAUCGGACCACUCAGAACAUGCUCCGGCUCCGAGAGGAUAGUAUCUUCCCGCAUUGCAGUUCGGACUUUACAAUUGGCUGGAAUAUCGCCGAAUGUUCAAUGGAGCAUCUUCAUUAUCGCCUGCGAAUUCUGGCUGUCCCAGAAGGGGCAAAGAAUCACGAUGACGGAGCCGUAUACAUCGGUAUGUGAGGUUGCAUUUCGAAAGAGGAGAAGUAGGCGUAAUUGGUUUCGUUUCGAGAUUGAAAAUGUUCGUUUCAAUUAAAGUGGUCCCUAGUGCGUAGUAACUCUGUCGCCUUUCCUAUUGUUGCGCAGGGAUGAGUGACCGAUUGGAACACAUCAUUUCCUGAAAUGUGCAAGAUUUAACAGAUGAGCUGCCUGCGCAGUUAUUAAUGAAUCCAAGUGGUGCGGAAACUCCAAUUCAAUUAAACAUUUGCAGAAGAGAUCGGGAUCGCGCCGGAUCAGAGUAACCUGAAAAUCAGUUGUUCGCAGUUUGACAUCAUCCACGAGAAGUACUGCUUCGAAUUGGUAUCCGUCAACAGGAACUCUUCGGUUUCGCACACAUGGCACAGUGUCUGUGUGAGCACAGAACCAGGUGCGUUUUGCGUUUUUCGCGCGUUAUCUCUCAGGGGAUUUGUUUCUUGUUUGUGCAAGAAACAACAAUAAUUUGCAUAUUACACAUGUAAACGAGUUAUGACAUAUGGGUGCCAGAGGGAGUCUCAGGCGGAGCAGAUUGGGGGAGAGAAUGGGCCCACCCGAGCAGGUGACAACGGAGAAUGUAGGUGGGGGUCGGUCACCGAUACCCAAAAACUUCCGGCUUUUGGGUCAAAUUAGCUUUGAAGGGAAUAAUAGUAGAGCGGUGAUGCAAAAAGGAAAGAAUCGACUUUUGAAUGUCACGCUGCAAUAACUCGAUUUGGGCGGUGUUCUCUUCCAAUAUUCAUAACAAUUGCAAUUGAAUUAUGAAUCCUGCUUCGUGGCUAUGUGCCGCUAAUCAUAUGGGUCCUCUUGGCGGAAGGAAACGAAAGGGUCACAUUCUGAGCUUCCCGCCAUGCUUCUUCUAUUUUCCUUUCAAACUGCAGCUGUUUUCUUCUUGCUUUGAAUAAUGCGCGAGCAUGGAUGGUAUGCAAACGCAGCUCCUAAUUACCGACAGCCGUUACCUGGGCAGCUAUUGUACGACACGCGUAAAGCAGAUGUGCACCGAUGAGCAUAGCGGGUCAAGGAGGGACCACUUGGCACAUGCAACAAUCCAUGUCAACUAGGUACUUCAUUACUGAACAAACAUCAUCUGGUGAUCAUCCUCUUCUCUGUAAUUAUUCCAUCAACCCCCGCCCGAGUGUUUGGGGGAGAUGCAGCAAAAAGAGCAAUAGAAAACCGCUGGCAGCUCAUGCCCAUCAACAUCAAAAUUUCCAUAUUUAUUUGAAACACAAUUAUAUUUAAUGACUGCUUCUGCUUCUGCUCCUUCUUUUGCAUCUCUUCCUUCCGUAACUGAUGAAUGAUGCACAUGACGCUCUUCCAUCUUCUAGACGCAAUAUGGUGCUCAUUGGGAUAAGUACAACACAUUGUCACUGUUUUGAUCUUACCGCCCUAAAGAGAAACAUCAACAAAACUUGACCUCUGGAGGGCUUUUAGUCGGAAGAGGUGCUAAUGAAUUAAUGAUGACACAAUGAAUGGGGACAAUAUUUAGGGAUGCAGCUAAUAGGUGUACGAACGGGCAAACAUGGGCUCCCGACUUGACAUUUCAAUAUGUUGGGAGAAGCAGAUUGUAUCAGUUAAGUUGCAAGUAUUGUUUCAAAGUGCCGGAAGGGAAGACUCUGUCACUUCCUUUCCAAAUCCGUUCCGUCAUUAUCAUAAAGUGUCGUCGGAAGAGUCUCAAUCUAGCUGUCAAGUGUGCUAAUUCUCUUCCCACUUCAAGUGGAUUGUUUUGCAUAGCAAUGGACUCAUCGUAACUCGCAACUCGUCCGAGACCGCCGUCAUUAGAAACAGCAGGGGGUGAAAAUGUGAAUCAUGCAAUAUGCAAAACAAAAAUGUCGAGUCAAAUUUGAGAAACUAUUGUUUUGCAGUUGAAAGAAAAGUUGGUGGAUGGUCGGCAUGGAGCGAAUGGAGUGCGUGCUCGGAAACGUGCGGGCUCGGCAAACAGCGGAGAGUACGAUUCUGUAAUGAGCCGGUGCCGAAAAGGUCAAAGUAUUGUGACGGUCCGUUGAUUGAGACGCAAGAGUGCAUGCUGACAAAGUGCCCGGAAGCGAUGAUGCCACAGAGUUUAUCGACAAAUUGCUCUUGUGGAUGUGCGUUGUCAACGGAAGCCAGUUCAUUUUUUGCAUCUUCAAGGUAAUCGGUGCUCAUUAGUAUCAGACAAUGAUUUAAAUUUCCAGACACAGUAGAAUGUGUGAAGGCAAUCAGACUUGGAAUCUCCCUAAAAUGAAUGGCUUCAAAAUCGCAGAUUUUACUAUCAGAAAACAGGGAGAAGCGAAGGGAAAACUCUUCUUUUUCCUUAGAGCUCCUUAUCAGGCAUAUCCUCAUUUAUACUCAAAUAAUCAUGUUUAUGUUCAGGAACUUGUGUGGUCUUCGGAUUCUCAUCAAGAAUAUCAGUUCUCUCUUCCCUUAUCAGCAUCCAUUUUUGUUGUUCUGUGGAGUAAGAGCAACGAAACUGCAAGACUGAAGCAGAUUGACGACGGAUUCACCGUAUCCUAUUCCGUGCGAGGUACGCAAAUGCAAAUGUUUUCAUUUCCCGUAAUCCAUCAAAAUAUACAAACUCGGCAGUAGUAUAAUGUACUUGCCCAUUAUAUAUUCUGACAGGUCCGUAUCAAAAGCCGGGUAGAUUUUUCGGAAUAGUUACUUAUGAAUAUGGUGGUAAGAUAGCCGUCAUCCGGAUCGGGGGCCAAACAUAUUAAAUUGUGGGAGACCCAGACAAACGCAUUUCUAUCUUUUCGCGUUGCCUCUAAAAAUGUGCAUGGAGGCAGUCGGAGCAGCAAUUGAGACAACAAGAAUGACAUGUGUAGAAGGUUUUGACAGGAAUGAAAUUGGAAGACGAAAAGAAAAGAAGAGACGGGGGCAAGAGGGCCCGAGAGCCAUGUUCUAAUUAAAAUGCAACACAUUCACAACUUUGAAUACGGAGAAAGAAUUGGAGAAUAAGCCAAGAACACGACGAAAAAAUGUUUCUUGGUGGAAUGAAAUGAGGGAUCAUCUUGUUUUCAGAUGCUGAUGCGUUGCCUACCGUCGCCAAAAUCAACUCCUGUCAGCCAUUUUGUCCGAAAACAAUGGCUAUUGCAAUAAUGGGUACAUUUUCGAAGGCGUAACCCGUUAUUUAACACAUUUUAAAUUUCAGCGAUAAUAUUCAUCUGCAUCAUAUUUAUACCUCCUUUGGUCUGCGCGGCGAUUACUGCGUCGAUGAAGAGGAAUUCCAGUCCGGAAGUUCCAUUAAUGGAUAAUAAGUGAGAAAUUGUCGUUAUUAUGUCUGAAUCACCAGUUUUUGUUUAGAUAUGAUUCUGAGAUGGUUAGAAGUGGAAACACAGAAACCACACAUGUUAGUUCAAGAAAUUACGUAGCGCAACGGAGCAUUGGGAUCCAGCUCAGUGUCCAAAGCACUCCAAGGUACGAAACUAAUCUGCACAACUUUUUAACCCUAACGUUUUUGUUUUUAGAACUGCCAGAGCUUGUCUGUCGCACGAAUCGCCGCAACCAACACGAGGACAGUCUUCUCUCAGUGAAUGCGACGAAUUGGAAUACGAUUACUACGACGGGACCACUUUUCCGGGCAGUUUUCUGGCGCCAGUGCAUGAUGUUAUGUACUCUCAAAUCGACAUCGACCAGGUGAGUGGGAAAAAACAAAUGAAGAGUUAGUAGUAUACUUGGCGUGAAAAAUGCUCGCUCGUAAAGUUAUUUUCAUGGUUGCACAAGAAUGCGAACGACCGCCAUCGUCAUGCCAAACCGUUAUAACAGACUUGUUUUUACAGAUAAUCGGACAAUCAGAACUAUUCAUAAAUAGCACCGAAAAAGCCGACGUUCACACUCAAAUUUGA